AUGCCCGAUCUCUUUAGGCGGCAUAGCAACAUUCAAUGCUUUUUCUGCCACUCGCCCUCCAAGAAUCCUCGGAAUUUUCGAUGCCCAAGCUGUGCAUGCUGGAACCGCUACGAUGAUAAUGGCGAAAUUCUGUCCGACGAACCAGCAAUGCACGACGAACAUCUCAACUCGAGAUCGUUCGCAAAGCGUGCUUCUCCCAGUAAGGAUCGGUUGCCAACUUCGUAUGGACCAGGACCAUUCUGCCAUAAUUGCCAGACAAACCAGAUGCUCCUGGUCAAUUUAUUGUCGAAUUACCUACCGCCACCUGAAAGUCCAGAAUAUGAGCGACGACUUGAAAUGCUCCCUGCAUAUCGGGAGUCGCUGCACCUCAGGUACCCCCCGGUGUGCGAAAGUUGCCUUCCUCUCGUAGAAGAGGAGAUUCAGAAAAAGGAUCAGAUGGCUCGGACGAAAGCUCUUGGAGCAUGGCUGAAGGACAGCAAAGGGAAGGAACGCCAACGCAGGGUUUCUGGUGCGGUCAAGGGCCGAGAGAAGAUCACUGUCGAGAUCCUCUUCUGGAGGUUGCGGGGCUUUCUGUGGAUAUCUACUAUCGUUCUUUCUAUCGUCGUAAAUUCCAGAGCCGCUCUGGGACAUCCAAUUUCUGGCCGACUGUGGUCUUUACAAGCUAUUCUUCCGCUUUUCAUCCUAAUUUCCCUCCUAUGGACAGCAUGGGAUCCCACUUACCUGGCGUUUCGCAAGGCUCAACUACAGGGCCGCGACAUUCGAAUACACGGCAAGAGCAAAUAUAUUACAUAUCAGCUAAUAGGUUGGCUGUCAAGGUUCAUCACAUCCGUCGCCCUCUCUUUGUGCUGGUUCAAUCCCCAGCUGGAUUACCUGCAUUUCGUUGACCCAGCCUCCCUCCGCAACCGGACUUACUUCACGACAAUGCUUCUCAUUGAAAUUAUUACAUUCAUAUCUUCAUGCCUGGUGCUACGCGUACAGCAACCGCCCGCAAUACGUCUACUGAACACGAACACACAUCAAGUACCUAGUUCUCGGUCAGCUACACCCAAUCCUGGCACGCGAGCGGGUACCCCAUCCUUCCUCUCCAACAAAGAACCGGACCUUCUGGCUUCUCUCUCCCUUUCCAGUAAACCGGUUAUCACUUCGUCCAAUCCAGUGUUUGGACUUCCAUCUCUACUUUCACCUUCAAACAUGCCCGCUUCCGUCCCGCAUGAGGACAACGAAGAUGGAAUGGACUGGACACCGACGAACAUGAACGGCACACCAUAUAACAGCCGAGCGGGGAGAGAUACAGACGAGGCCGCGUCCUGGCUGCGGCCACAACAGUUUUUUGCCCCAGAAAAACCCACUGGGCUUGAAGGUCUGUUUGAGCGAACGAAAUUGGAGGAUGACGCAAUGAGGGUAGACGGGAGCGAGCAACAGAGAAACAUACAGUUUUAUGUCGGUUCUAAUAUGUGGUACCUGGUUUGUUUAACUCUGCUGGUGGUGCCAUCCGUGGGUGUUGCAUACAAGCUACUGUAUCACUAG